UUUAACAUAAAUAUUACUAGCAAUUAAACAACUAAUCCAUUACACAACCAACACAAUUACUCAUCAAAAAAUAAUUUUAAAACUAAGAAGAAUGACAAGCCGCACGCCGGAUUGGAAAGGAGGGGCUAAUGUUCUCUCGGCUGUUCACAAAAUCAGUACAACACCUUCGCGUAAUCCAAACUAUAUAAAAGGAAAAGUAAAUGAAGGGGAUCGCUAUGUUUGUCUUAGAAGUGAAGAACAAUUGGAAUUGGCUACUCAUCUUUUAACUUCUAAAUUAUUGGAUGAUGAAAACGCAACGUGUUUGGAUACGUCAAUGUCUUGCCCGACCAGCCCGGCUACAAAAUUGGAACAACAAGCAAAAAGACAAAUGAUGAGAGUUAAAUCAGACAAUAAUUUAAAUAAUGGAAUUGAGGGAGAUAGAGUUUGUGCAUUUAGGUUUUCUUUGAAAUUUUUGUUUUGUUUUUCUAGUUUUUUGUAUUUAGAAAAGGCCUUGCUCCGAUUGCUCGAUUUGGUAAUUUUUUAUAUAAUUAAAAAGCUCUUUAUAAGGUUAUUUUUUUUGUAA